AUGAUCACCGUAAUGGACUAUGACAAAUUGGGAUCGAACGAUGCUAUUGGACGGUGUCUACUUGGAUGUAACGCUACAGGAGCGGAACUGAGACAUUGGAUGGACAUGCUCGCAUCGCCACGACGACCGAUCGCUCAGUGGCACACGUUGGGUCCAGUGGAAGAGGAAGGCGGCGAAAAGAAGUAG